CUCAUCGUCUUCUCAUCGUCUUCUAAUCGUCUUCUAAUCGUGUGUCGGGCUGGUUGACGAACUAUCAUCCUUGGAUCCUGAGAGAAUUACUGUAUGCUGAGUACUGAUUACUCUCCAAGUAUACGUACCGUACCGCGCGGAGUGUACCGGUAACGGCGACGGCACGCACCAUAACCAGACACCGAACAGACCAGACAGACCAGACAGAUCAGACAGACCAGAUCAGACCAGAUCAGAUCAGACCAGACCGACUGAAGAGUCCAAAAAGCCGCGUCUCUCUCGACCCUAAUGAUAGGCUUUGCCAUCAGUUUAUUAUAUUCCACAGAGAACGAAACCGAUGGGGACCGAGGAACACCUUUUCGCGUUAUUGUUCUCGCUGUAUUAGCUGGGAUCACUUGAACUAAACUGUUCUGGUUCCCGACGUAAUCUCUGCCACGCUUCGCUAGUUGAAAGCCACAGGCUCCGAAAGGGACGUGAUCGCAUCCCUCAGCUAUCACCCACUACUCCUCUAGCCGCGACUGCUAUCGCCAACCGGGAAACAUCAACCAUCACCGACAUCUCACAGCUUCCCGCCGCUGCGCAUCAUCGGGAAUACGUUGUAACACUUGGUUUCGGGACAAUAUCCAAUUGUGUCUGGAGUCGCCACGGCUUCCCUCGUGAAUUGCGACUGCGACCGCCCGUUGCCGCGACGCGGAGACUUGCAUCGGCCUGCCUGUCGCCACAUUCAUCAACUCGGCGAGCUUGCUAUCACACACACGAACUCAAGUCGCGACCGGCGGCCCUACGGCCAUGUAUUCCGGAGUCCAGGACAGCGCGGGCUCAGGCACCGGCACAUUAAAUCCUGCGCUCCUCAACUCUGCAAACGCCAAUCCAUCAUCAUCCUUCCCGUCUGAUGUCAGCCCGCGCGGCACGAAACGAAGCCGUUCGCCAACGGAGACUUUCAACGAGUUGCACAAUGCAGAUGAGAAUGUGAUAGGUGACGGCAAGCCGAGAAAGAGAGGACGACCGAUGAAACCACCAAGCCGCACCUCUGGCGGAGUAUCCGAGAGCCCAACACAGCAAACGGUGUCACAGCCAGCCCAGAAUAUAUUGCCACAGACCCCGCAGCAACAAACAACUGCGCUGUCGCUACCUCUGAAUUCGGUGGUGCCAGCCCAGACAUCACCACCCAAGACCACACCAUCCAAGCCUGUAGUGAAAGCACUGCCUACCGUACGCGACCACACUACAGAUCAGCUGGGCCCAGAGGGAGACGAGUACAUCCCAAGGGAGUACGAUGAGGCUGGAGAGAAAAAGGUGGGUCCUACUGGGCACCUGAACGAUGGACGGGAGUACAAAUGCAGGACGUUCUUCGUGCCCGGGAGAGGUGAUAAAUUAUUUAUGCUGGCGACCGAAUGCGCACGAGUCCUCGGUUAUAGGGACUCGUACCUUCUAUUCAACAAGAACCGGUCCCUAUACAAGAUCAUUGCGACCCAGGAGGAGAAGGAGAACCUUAUCCACCAAGAAAUCCUCCCAUUCUCCUACCGAUCUCGUCAAAUUGCGAUAGUCACAGCAAAGUCCAUGUUUCGCCAGUUUGGCAGCAGAGUGGUUGUGAAUGGGCGCAGGGUGCGGGACGAUUAUUGGGAGACGAAAGCACGGAAACAAGGUUUCACAGAGGCUGAUUUGGCGGGCGAGAAGAGACCAGGUGGGGCGAAGGCCAGGGACGCAGCAGCCGCUGAGGCGACUGCAAACGCAACUGCGAUUCUUGGACACCAAGGAGAUGUUGUUUACAGCAGUGCUCCGGUGCAUUUCAACCAUCCUCAACCUCAAACCGUUCAGCCUGGCAUGCUGGGGCCAGCUGGCGGUGGAACGCCUCUGCCAAUGAUCACAUUGACCCCAGACCAGAAUGAGCUACGGCUGGGAGAAUAUCGUAACGUUUCCCGUCCAAGGCAGGAGAUUACGGGCCCUGCGUACCAGGACCGAACCCAGUCAAGCCCGCCCGGAGAAUUGCUCACGCAGUCUCACCAUGCUGCUGAGUAUAACAAGCAAGUUAACCAGCAGAGGAACUUUCGUGGCAAAUACAUUGAGGAGAUUUGGCGACAGCCACACGAGCCCCUUGUUCCGAGUCUUCCACCGACUACAAGCCUCAGCGACAAUCUGCCAUCCGUGACACAGUCACUGCAGUCGCCCCAUCAGGGUACAAGUAACGUGCAACAACCGAUGCUGUUAAACCAGCCGGGCCAAAGCAUGAUUUCAGGCACUUCUUAUACACAACCCCCGCACCAACCUAACCCUCUUGCACAGACCCCGAUGAGGGGCGCUAUGCGGUCCGACCAAAUGCAUGGAAGAUCUCCAAGUCUAUCUUUGGCAUCUACUGGCAUGGGCCAGGGAGCACAGUACGGGUAUCCUUCGCAGACUCAAAUGUGGCCACCGUCACAACCCCAUCAAUCUUCACACCAGGCCUAUCCUCACUAUAGCCCUCAAGCCAGUCAACAAUCUCCCCACCAGUCACCCACGCAAUUGCGGCACGCUGGAGGCAGCUCGCAACUCCCACCCGGCAUGCAAUAUCAAAACAUGGGUCAGGGAUAUCCUUCCCAGAGCCGAGGAAUCUACCAACCAGACCAAAUACAACAGCAAUACGUGCAACCACAAGCUGCGCAAGCACCAGCCACGCCCCAAAAUUGGGCGUCACAGCAGCAGCCUGGCACCCAGGGUUCUUGGGGAUGGGGCACUCAAGGAUAAUCCCCGCAUCAAGUUAACAACGAAACGCCUUUGGCGCAUAACAUUCGAGAAGAACACGAUCGAGACGGCGAUACGUAUGGAUCAUGCAAUCAACGAUAAUGUUAAUACACACGUUCAGGACAUGAACGCGGAAACGGGAGUCGUAUUUGUCUCCCCGGUAUCGCCCAUUACGAUAUGGACGACGGAGUUUGGGUGGACUUGGGAUAGUUGGUCAAUUUUCUCCACCCUGGGGUAUACAUAAGAGCAUGAGCUGUGGGGCUGCUGACUGUUUAAUUGGGUGUAAAUUAUUCUAGGGUGGAAUUAUUAUUUGGCGGCUUCGUGCUCUUCUACUAUGCGUGGUUUCGCAUUAUACCUCGUUUUUAUUUAGUUAUAAUUCCUUUUCCAACACUUUUCUCUCCGCGGGUUUUCUUUUUUAGUGCUAUCAAUCAAUCAUGGAAGAAUGCAUUUCAUUUGGCACACUUUGUUUCUGGAUUUAGGGAUUAUGAUCAUUCUCAUGAUUGCUUUUCUGUCGCCAGGCUGACUAACGUUUUGCUUUCGGCCAAACCCCAUGCAUAUUUCCUUUAACCAACAUCUUCUUUUUCACUAGGGCCAGACUGUCACCGUGACGAAAGAGAGAGGGAGGCGUUUCUAUUGGCAAAGGGGGAUAUUUUCGAGGCUCUAUGUGAUUUUUUUUUUUACUUUUUCAGUUUUUCAUUAUGGGUUGGGACGCGUUUGUUGCAUUUGCGAUGGGCUUCGUCGUUUGGCUUGGUAUCCUUGGAAUUGGAUAGCAUGCGAGCAUGUGUGCAUGAGAUAUACCCAGAUGUGACGACACGGGAGGUAUGGAUUUGCCCUAUCCUAAUUACAAUGGAAACACUU